AUGCUGGCCAGAAAUAGACAGAUCACCCGAAUGUUGGGCAACGGCCGCUGUGACGUGCAAUGUGCCGAUGGCGUGAAGCGCUUGUGCCACAUUUGCGGCAAGAUGAGGAAAAAGGUCUGGUGCAAUCAGGGUGACAUCGUCUUGGUGUCGCUUCGUGACUUUCAGGAUGAGAAGGGCGACAUCAUCGUAAAGCAAACUGCAGAAGAGGCUGGCCCCCGAACUCAUGCUCUCCCGGCGUCUUCAGGGUUCACGUGUGGUGAAAAGCCACCCAUUGGCCACCAGCCUUCGCUAUGCUUCCAGUGCUUGUGCUGUCUUUCAUUGUGGCUGCCGGGGCCACUGCAACUGCAGACGGACCGUCUCAUGCAGAUCAAAUUGACCUACGACGGGAACUUGUUUGACAUCCCGGGUGGAUGCACGGAUGGCCGAGAACCGGCAACACGCACAGCUGAACGUGAGACCUUUGAGGAGUCUGGCUACGAGGUGUCUAUUGGAGAGCUGCUGGCUACUGUGCGCGGUGGCUUCCGCAUCUACAAAUGCUACCUGAAAGAUUCAGUGCCCCACAAGAACCCUGACCACGAGGUGUCUCUCAGGUGAGGUGGAUGGACGCCAGUGAAAUCGAAGGACAUUUGCAGCACCACGAAUGGCGAUUCCAGGACGACCAAGCUUGUAUGUACCUUGACUUUCUCCUGGGCAGGAAUCACAACGACCACAACCGGCGACUGCUGAUUGUCUAGGUGACACCCUAUAGUAUCCUAAGAUUGCUGCAUGCCUCCCGCUGAAUCCAGGGUCCAGCUUUGUCUAGGACGUGGCGAGUGACAGCCACUUUGCGCAUUGGUGGAUUCAGGGGGAGGUUUGACUCAGCCUUGCCAUGGUGCAGCCAUGAAUAUCCAUUGCACACUGGUAAAGGUGAUGUAAUUGGGGAUUUCAGCGACCAUUGUUGGCCAUUUUGACCCCAUGCACCUUCCAAAUUCAACAAAUCUUGCAAAUGGGCAAGAUCGAUUUUCCGACUUUUAGUGUCGCAUGUGACAAUGUGAGAAGGUGGGGGGAAUACUCCGCAGACACAUUGUGCAAAUCCAGAGCAGGAGUUUUUGUCGGGUCCUGCGAUGUGUAGUGCUUUCAUCAAUUCGAUUUUUGGCCCUGCUGAAUUGGCAGAUUGAAUUUGAAUACCGAUCAUGCAAGAACGGCUUUUCAAGUUCUGCUGC